AUGGGAACUGCCCGGCGGCGCGCCGACCGCUUCUGUUUCCCGCGAGGCGCCUCCUCCGGGAGACCCGUGCGCAGCAGCGCGGCUAUAAGGGCGAGCGCGCAGGGCGCCGAGCGCAGACGGCGCGACUCUGCGGGAUCGGUACGGGCGAGGCUGGACGCUGCCAUGGCUCUGCAUUUGAACGUGAAGUUCCUGACCGGGAAGCUGCACUCCCUGGACAUCCUGGCCAGCAGGACCGUCUGGGACUUCAAAGUCCAGGUCGGGCAUCAGGCUGGGGUGUCCCCCUACCAGCUAAAGCUGGCUUGCCAGAGCAGGGCCCACGUGGACCUGCGAGAUGGCACGCAGCUCUCCGAGUACGGGCUGCAGUCGGGGGACACCAUCUUGCUGAUAGUCAAGCAGGAGGAAUCCAUCACCAUCUUUGUGCGGAACCCCAAAGGUGGAAGCAGAUCCUACCAAGUUCUGCCUUCAGACCUGGUGGACCACUUCAAAGCCCGGGUUCAGGAACAGGAGCAGAUCCGGACGGAGCAGUUCUACCUGAACUAUGAAGGGAGGACUUUGGAGAACGGCCACAGGCUGUCAGACUACACCAUCGCACCCCACGGCACCAUCUACUUGAACCUGUACCUCCGUGGGGGCUGAGAUCUGGUGGACGGAUCAGCAAGGGGCCCCCUGACCUUAGACCAGUGCUUCUGCAUGUGUCCCUUCUCCUAUACCCAACUGGGGCUGCCCCCAUUCCCUCCCAGUCCAGCACAAGUCUUACAGCGGUGUAUCCAUCUAGGAGCAGCCAUUCCAUCGCCCCCUCUUUGACCUGUUCCCGUAGCUGGCCGAGAGAAGAAUCCUGCAACGCCAACUAGCAUCUGGAGCUUUGCUAGGCCUCCGCCCGCUUCUCAUCCUUCUGUCGUUGCAUGUUGCCUCCUUGAAGUGUUAGCACGGAGGCAGGAACAGUCUUGUGGCACAAGGAACCUUUUGGUGGAAGAGUGUAGUUCUGCUAGUGGUUUUGCCUGUCUUUGGCUCAACUUUUACAUAUUCUUAGCAUGCUUUUCGACAAUUGUUAAAUGAUACAACACAUUAUUCUUUGCUUAAUAAAGAAAAUACAAACUGG